AUGGAGGGCAUUUCACCCCAGUCGAUCAGCAGAACAUAUGUAAUUAUGAAAUCCCUACCUUCACGCAAUGUUGUUUUGCAGAGAGCUUCAAAUAAACGUCCUAUGGCCGCUCGUACAUCUUUCAACACACCUACUGGCAUGGGUAGAAGCUUCAUACACUUCCACUCAAGAAACUAUUGUAGCCCUAGCUUCAUAGCUCCUAAACCAAAUAGAACUUCAAAGCCUGACGAUUCAUCCACUGGCAUUGAUAACUCUAACAUUACCACCCGCAAUCACGCUUAUUACCAAAGAUACAGCAUUUGUGGCUUUCACCCCAUUGCCUGCACUUCUCUACCACCAACCAAGGGGCUUCCCAAAGAGGACAAGCGGGUCAAAAAGACUGGUGAUGAACAAGAAGAUAUUAAGGCAAAGGAAACUGGUCAUGAACAUACUUGUCCUGUCCACUCAUACAGUCAUGCUUACUACCAAAAAUUCAGCAUCGAUGGCUUCUGUCGCAUCAAUGACAAUCCAGCAGAUUCUAAACCUACCAAGAAGCCUUCUACAGUGGAGCCCAAAGGUGAACCUAGAAAUAAACUCAAAUAUGAACAUGUCUGUUCUAUCAGAACAUGCAAUCAUGUUUACUAUAGAACAUUGAGUAUCUCAGGCUUCUACCCUGCCCCAUGUAGUACACCGUCAAAUCCUGAGUUGAACAAGCCCACCUGCAUCGCACCCAAGAUUAACGUGGCCGAAGCACUCGCUCUUGCUGCGGCUUUUACCCCAACUACUUGCUCUCACCAGAAGACAAAUGACAACACAGAGCAUUUAAACUUAGAGCAUGAGAUUAACACAUCCGCUCAGACAAUUGAAGAGCUUGGUUUCGAGGCCCUUGGCAUUACUGGAUUCCAGGGUGCCUAA